AUGGAAGGAUGUGUUCUCCUCACCACCGGUCCCAUCUUCUCUCUUGUAGUGCUUUUUUCUCUCCUGCUUGGACUUUUCGCUCUCUUUCGUCGUCUUGAUGCCGUAUUUCUGGCCAUGGCUCAAGCUUCUCAAGCUUCAGAAACCUCUUGCUAUCUGACGAACAAGGAAACUCCGCAUGAAGAAAACAACACCAUGACGGAGGACAAUGACAACACUACCUCUGAAAAAACCCACUUGGACGAUAUUAGAGUCCCUUCUCUGCAGCCCAAGACGCCUCAGAAACGGAUCCAUCUCGCUGCCACCGAUCCGAAUCAGUUGAGAACGGUAUCGCUGCAACGUACGGACUCUGAUGACCUGCUUGAUGCUGGCAUAGAGGACCUGAUGAUUCCGGUGUUGGAGCCUGAGCGGAAACCUCUGAUCGUCGUUCGUGUACGCGAGGAUUCUGACGUCCUGAAGCCUUACCGACCAGGGAUGGACACCGUUCCCUGGGAUGGCAAUAUCCGAUGGGCCAUAAAGGGAUGUAGUAUAUUUGAGAAUCAGCAAGAAGAAGCCGAUGCCUUCUCUUAUCGUCCGAACCUCCUUUCUCGGCAAGCCGUCUCGGAUCUCUGGAUAUUCCAGUACGGGCUCCGAUACAUUCCUGCUGGACAGGAGUCAAAUGUCUUUCGCACUGUCCGCAUCGAGAAGCUCCCGUCAAACGUUACUCUGAGCCAGGUACUGCCAUCUGUUCCUGGUGAGAUCUACUCGGCUUCUCUCUGCAACACAAACCCUAUUACUGGGUAUAAAACUGCUAUCGUUGUGUUUGUGCUCGAGAAGGACGCCCUAGACUUUGUUCAGAAAUCAAGGGAAGGACUACCUUUGGGCUUCUGCGUGGCCAGCGUCGCUCUCGUUCACACUCCGACUUACCCAAUGACGUCCCAGAUGAGCCAAUUCAUUUUCCAUCAGGGCUACACCCGGUGCCUGGUUAUCAGCAACCUUCGGAGGUCAUUGAGGGAGGAGAUUUACCGCGUACUUAAGCGGUCUGCCUACUACAACUAUAUUGAAAGCGUGGAGGAAGGACAGGUGGUGGGAGAUAUCUAUGUUCGUUUCUAUUCAGUCAAGAUGGCCGCAGCAGCGCAUGAUCUUUUUGAAGGUCAUCCAAGCUUCGAAAGAUGCAGCAUCAAGUUUCUUAGAAAGGCGGCGGAAUGA